AUGAGAUUACAUCCAAAACUGCUGCUUCUAACCACCUUGGUCCUGGUGUACAGCGCCCAUGGACACAAACGGACGUUUACUAGAUGCCAGCUCUCGAGAGAACUACUGCGGUAUAAUUUCCCAAGAACUUUGAUACCAAAUUGGGUAUGCCUGAUCGAGCAUGCAAGUGGCAGACAGACGGACAAACAAACGAACCACAACAACUCAUAUAGCAGCUAUGGACUCUUUCAGAUAAACAACAAGGACUGGUGCAAAAAAGGCAGAAAAGGUGGCAACUGCAGUAUGAAGUGUGAAGAUCUCCUAAAUGAAGAUUUGGCUGAUGACGUAAGGUGUGCUAAACGCAUCUACGAUAGAGUUGGGUUCAAGGCCUGGCCCUCCUCCUACGCAUACUGCAAGGAAAAGAGCCUUCCGGAUCUAUCUAGGUGCUAA